AUGGCUAUGUCCGGAGUGAAAGUCAACGAUGCCUGCAUCAAGCAGUGGGAAGCGCUCAAGUCGAAGAAGAUCAAGGCCUGCAACUUCAAGCUUUCCGACAACAUGAAAGAAAUCAUCGUCUGCGAGGACUCUAUCAUCGCCGCUGGAUCAGACAGUGCCUGGAAGAACUGGACCUCCAAUCUCCCAGACAACGAGUGCCGAUACGGAAUUUACGACGUUGAGAUGAAGAUUGACAUGGGAUCUGGUCUUCCUGCAGGAACACGAACAAAACUCACUUUCAUCGUUUGGGCUCCUUCCACUGCCUCUAUCAAACAGAAGAUGGUUUCCGCCUCCUCAAAGGAUGCUUUAAAAAAGAAAUUCGACGGCGUCCAGGUCGAAUGGCAAUUAACCGGACGAGACGAGCUCGAAGCCUCGGAUCGCAUCGGCGAUCUUGCCUCUCUCCCCGACAUCAGAACCUCCGGUUCCGGAAUCAUCGAAUUCGAGGGAAUCAAAGCCUGA